AUGGGCUCCCUACCUCAGACUAAGAACUUCCACUGCGCCAUCGUGGGUGGCGGAAUUGCAGGCCUGAGUCUUGCCAUUGCCCUCCACCACCGUGGUAUUUCCGUCACAAUCUAUGAACAAGCGACUGCAUUCUCCGAGGUGGGCGCAGGUGUCUCAUUCGGCCCUAAUGCGGUGGAGGCGAUGAAGCUGUGCCACAGCGGCAUAUACGAUGCGUUCGCAAAGGUCUGCACGACAAAUCUCUGGCCGUCAAAGCAAAAGGUGUGGUUCGAUUACCUGGAUGGGUACACGAGUAGCGAGAGUGCGUAUAACACAGGGACGGACAAGAGGACGCAAGAGAUCGCGUUCACCAUCACAAACAGCCUGGGCCAGACGGGCGUUCAUCGUGCGCAUUUUCUGGAUGAACUGGUCAAAUUGCUUCCGGAGGAUGUUGCGCAGUUUCAGAAGCGGCUCGAGGGGAUUGAGGAGCGGUCGAGUGAUGGGAAGCUUGUUUUGAAGUUUGUGGAUGGGUCGAUGGGGGAAGCGGACGUGGUCAUUGGGUGUGACGGUAUCAAGUCCCGCGUCCGCCAGAUUCUGGUGGGAGAUCAUCCGUCUGCAAACCCAUCUUUCACCCACAAAUAUGCCUACCGCGGUCUGGUACCAAUGGACAAGGCGAUUGAGGCUAUUGGAGAGGAGCUGGCAUCCAACUCCUGCAUGCAUAUGGGCCCAAACAAUCACAUGCUCACAUUUCCUGUCAACCAAGGCAAAACACUUAAUAUUGUUGCUUUCCACACCACAUCCGAGACAUGGAAAGAAUAUCCCCGUCUAACCAGAGAUGGGACGCGCGAGGAAGCCCUCCGAGACUUUGCCGGUUACGGACCGAAUGUGACCAAACUCCUAGAGCUAUGUGAGCCUAAACUCAGCAUCUGGGCCAUCUUUGACCUAGGCAUCAACCCUGUCCCUUUUUUCUCGAAGUCCCGCAUCGCCAUCUCCGGCGACGCAGCGCAUGCAACCUCUCCACACCAUGGCGCCGGCGCCGGAUUUUGCCUUGAGGAUACGGCAGUUCUUGCCGCAUUGCUCGCCGAUCCACGUGUGCAAAACCACCGCGAUCUCGAAGCCGCCCUGACAACGUUCGACAGCAGCCGCCGGGAACGCACACAGUGGCUUGUGCAGAGCAGUCGGUUCAUUGGAGACUGCUAUGAGUGGCGCGCGGACGGGGUAGGGAACGAUUUCGAGAAGAUUGAGGAAGCGAUUAACCAUCGUAAUGCGAUCAUCACGGAUGCGGAUGUAGAGAAGAUGUGUCAGGAUGCAAAGGUGGCUUUGGGAGAGGCCCUGGCUGGGAAGGGGAGGGCUUCUCUAUAG